CACUCAGUCGGUCAGAUCAGAGGAAGUUAAAACCACACGAGGAGCUGAGAGUAUUUAAAGAAAGAGUUGAGAGCAAAUGAUGAAGAGAAAGAGAAAAUGUCUGAGUGUCAUCUGUGUCUGCUGGGACUGAUCGCUCUCUCUUCACUUCUCACAGGUGUCAGUGGAGAGGAUGAUGUUCAUGUGUUCAUCAGUUCUGGUGAAGAUGUCCGUCUGCCCUGUAAUAAUGCUCUUCAUGAUGCUCUUCAUGACUGCAAAUCAACUACAUGGAGCUAUAACAGACAUUCAGCAGCAGUUGAACUGAUUGUUUUAGGGAAAAAGAUGAAAGACACAGAGAGACACGAGAGACUGAGUCUGGGGUCUGACUGCUCUCUGAACAUCAGGAAGAUCUCAACAGAAGAUUAUGGACUUUACACCUGCCAACAAUGGACUGGUGAGGGUGGACCACGACUAAGAAAUGACACACAUGUUUAUCUGCAUGUUCUUCAUGUCUCAUCCUCACAGACUCAGAUCAGUUCAGAUCUCUCUGUGUCUCUCUCCUGUCGGCUGUAUUCAUAUCUUCGAGUCUCUUGUGAUGAAUGGAUCAGUUCUGAGGGAAUUCAUCUGUUCUUGGUGAAUCAGGCUGGUGUUAAACCGGUGAGAUCAUCCUCAUCAGAUCACUGUAUCAUCACCCUGACUACAACACUCCUGAAUGAAGAUCACAACAGAGAGUGGAGAUGUAAUGUUACUCACAGAGAUCAAGUCAAGACCUCAGUCACAAUCACUGUCAAGAGAUCAGAUCAACCUCAAACGAUGACACCAGUCUCAAACUCUCAGGAUCCCUCAACUACAAACACACCAGAAACUUCUACACACACAGACUCUUUAACGACAGUGAUGCCUGUUGUUGCCGCUGUGUUCAUUGCUGUUAUUGCUGUCAUUGCUGUCAGUGCUGCUGUUCUCUGGUUGAUCUGGAGAAAAAGAGCUGGUAAUAAAAGAGAGACGGGUGAAACAGCGGUCAAAGAUGAGAAUGAAGAUAAAGUGACGUAUGAGACGAUCAACAUGUCGAUUCCUGCUGCUGCGAGAGACAAUGAGCAGACAGAUGAUGUGACUUACUCUGAAGUCUCUUCUUCCAGUAAAAAGCCAGUCAAAUCAGUCAAAGAUCAAGAUGAUUCAGUGACUUACGCUGCCAUCAGAGGAACACAAAAUGAGCUCCACAAAUAAAGAUUCAUGAUACAGAGGAGUGUGAGCUCCUCACAUCAGCAGCAGAUGUGACGCUUCUAUGACUGAUGAGAUUUAUAGCUUUGCUGUUUGGAAGAAUUAGAUAUUUGUAUGUGAAUUAACAGAACUUGUAUGCAGAUAUUUGUUGAAUUCAUACAGAGCCCCUAAAAGUACAUGGUAGUAGAAAAAGUUUGAUGUGGGAGGAUUUUUUUUUUUUUUUUUCAAAACUUUGCAUUCCCUUUAGAAAGUUUUGCAUUCUCUCGCAAACCAGUUGAGUACACACUCUUCCUGUUUACUUUAUCAUUAUUAUUAUUAUAAUUUACAUAAUAUAAAAAAUCAUAUUCAAUUCUUAAUACCCCUGUAAUAUUGGGCCUGCCUUUACCUAAAACUGUUUCUCAACCGUGUUUCUUUUUACCCCAGAAACCCCUUCUCUCCAAAUCAGUACUGCAAGCCAAAACUUCUGUAUUCACUAAAACUGUAUUCCAGUGCUAUUAUUUCUCAGUUACCGGUAAUUUUUUUUAAACAAAACAAGAUAGAAUUUGUUUUAUGUUUUUUGCAAACAUACUUGGCAAAACUUCAUUGCAGAUAUUAUAUAUUGCUUAAAAGUACAUAAAGCUCAAUUAUACUGAAACAGAUUGUCACAGUGUCUGGUUUGUGUUCCCUGGGUUUACACUAGCUGUCCUCCUUCCCCACGGUGUCUGUCACUUCAUUAACCACAUUCCUAGCAUUCUCUGCCUAAAUCAUUGCACCCAGCUAUCACGGGUUAUCAAUAAUUGCACUCAAUUAAUUUCCCAUUAGCAUUUGUCUCUCCCUGUGUAUUUAUACCCGGUCUGUCUAAGUAUUUGUCAUGCUUGGACUGUUUACCCUUUGGAUACCCCUCAAUAAAUGUCAUACACGCACUUGGAUCUCUAUUCGUGUUUCCUGUAUUCCGGCCGUGACAGAAGGACUCUGUCACAGCGAAAAUUCAGCGGUAUGUCAGUUGUUGCUUCUUCCCCAGCCACUGAGCGGGAAAGAAGCGCUCGUUUUGAGGGAACCCAUCUGGUCGUGUUUCGCGGGAUCAGGGGAGGUCACCGAGGAGGGAAUGGUCAAGAGGAGGCUCAACAUCGCUCUCCACCAUGGACCCUCUUCGACCCGGGGCUGGUAUGGGAUGGAUCAGAGCCACCAUCUCACCAUGGUGGAUGGAGAGGGAAGAAGAAGCGCACUUCUGCCAGGGGGCGCCGCUGCCCAUGAUGGCCACCAACCCAGCGCCACAGCACAAGGUGGUCACCAGCCCGACGCCACUGCCCAAGAUGGCCGCUCGUCCAGAGUCAUGGCC